UUUUCUUUGGGAUGGUGGUAGGGAUACGCUGCCUCUAUCCGCCUCCCGCAUCGUCUACUGCCUUACUCCGGAGAAGCUCUGCCGUUUGAUCCUCUUGACACUUUACCCGACACAGCUUUAGUGUACGCGUCGCCCCUUGACGGAUCUUCAUAUGAUUCGACCCUUUUCUAUCUACAGUAUAACGCUUGAUGUUUUCCCUUGGUUGCUCAAUCUUUUUUUUUUAUUUUUUUUUCUGAUUCUUUUCCCUCUUCUUCGUAAUUUUCUUUUCUGUGUUGUCAGUCUCAUCCAAAAUAUUCAGCCUCUCUGCUUCUUAUCUGGUACUCGUAGGAUGAAUGAUGAAUCUUUUAGAUUAAAGACGAUGAGACGUUCACGACGCGUAACUGGGGACGACGACAGCCUUGUCGCUCUCUCACACUCUGUCUGUUCGCCUCUAGGAAUGUUGACCAAGAAAGUUUAAGGGUUUUCCUUUUUUAUCACUUGUACGUGUAAGAAGAUGUCUGUGCUCCAUGUUAGUAUCUCAUCCGGCGACGAAUUAUCC